GAGCAGGAACAGAGGAGAGAGAGAGAGAGAGAGGAGGAGAGUCCACGUGAGCCAAGCGGAGGUGGAGGAGGAGCGCGAGAGAUCCCUCUCCCUCCCUCCCUCCGGCCAGCCAUGGAUCCCCCCAACGCAGGAGUUACUGUUAUUGAACCUGCUAAAUGCCGAUUGAUGAGUUUGGAUGAAAAGCGAGAACUUGUUCGUGAAUUAUCAAAGCGGCCAGAAACUGCUCCGGAGAAACUACAGUCAUGGAGUCGCCGUGAUAUUGUAGAGAUUCUUUGUGCUGAUUUAGGAAGGGAACGGAAAUAUACUGGAUUAUCUAAGCAGAGAAUGCUGGAUUAUCUCUUCAGGGUGGUGAAGGGCAAAGCAUCUAGCCCUGCGGUGCAUUUGCAAGAAAAAGAGCCAACUCCUACCCGGCAGAAAAAAGAAAAAGAGCCAACUCCUGACCCCAACACAAGUAACCAUCAGCAAGCUGCGAAACGACAAAGGAAGAGUGAGAAUCCAUCACGACUACCAGUUGUGGCCAGCAAUCCGGUAACAGCUGAUGUACCGGCGCUACCAAGUAAUGCACGAUUCUGCCUGAAUUUAGCAUGCAGGGCGAUUCUUAACCUCGAGGAUAAAUUCUGCAGACGCUGUUCAUGCUGUAUAUGUUUCAAUUAUGAUGACAACAAGGACCCUAGCCUAUGGUUGUUCUGUAGCUCAGAACAUUCCAUGCAAAAAGAUUAUUGUGGUUUUUCAUGCCAUCUUGAAUGUGCCCUCAAGGAUGGAAGAACCGGCAUUAUGCAGAGUGGGCAGUGCAAGAAACUUGAUGGUGGUUAUUACUGCACUCGCUGUUGGAAACAGAAUGAUUUGCUUGGAUCGUGGAAGAAACAACUAGUGAUUGCUAAAGAUGCUCGCCGGUUGGAUGUAUUGUGCUAUCGGAUUUUUCUGAGUCAUAAGGUCUUACUCUCCACAGAGAAGUACCUGGCCUUACAUCAAAUUGUUGACACAGCAAUGAAGAAGCUGGAGGCUGAGGUUGGACCAAUUGUCGGUGAUGGAAAUAUUGGUCGUGGAAUUGUUAGUCGUCUUACUUGUGGUGCCGAAGUUCAAGCACUUUGUGCUCAAGCACUAGAUGCUAUGGAAUCUUUGUUCUCUGUUGCAUCUCCUCCUAACUCACAAUUUCAACGAUCCAGUAUGAUACCAUUUAACUUCAUAAAGUUUGAACCUAUAACCCAAACAUCUAUCACUGUAGUUUUUGAUUUGGAUCAGUGCCCUACAAUGGCCCAACGUGUAACUGGAUUUCAUAUGUGGCACCGUGUGGCCAGUACAGGAUUUUAUUUGUCAAAUCCAACUGCCAUCGUACUUGCACUUGCACCGUCAACAACAUAUGCUGUCAGGGAACUUAAGCCUGCUACAAGCUAUAUCCUUAAGAUAGCUGCAUACAGCAACUCCAACGAGUUAGGGUCAUGGGAAGUCAGACUAAAGACAAGCUGUCAGAAAGAAGACGAUCCAAAGGUUUCAGUACCAGGUGGUGCUGGAGUAGAACAAAAUAACGGGAGCCCAAAGACAAAUAGUGGUGGCCAAUCUGAUCGUUCUUCAGAGGGUGUGGACUCGAACAAUAAUACUACGGUGUAUGCUGAUCUGAAUAAGUCACCAGAAAGUGAUUUUGAAUACUGUGAAAAUCCUGAGAACCUUGAUUCAGAUAAAACAUCUCAUCACCCCAAUAAGCCUACUGAUAACUCUCGAAAUAUUCAGGUGGCUGCAGUUAGGGUAACAGAGGUGAUCGAACUGGAUGAAGCUCCUGGGCUCUCAGCGUCAGCUUUGGAUGAGGAGCCCAAUUCAACAGUUCAAACUGCUUUACUGCACGAGUCCUCAAACUCGAUAGAGCAGAUUCCAAGAAUUGAAAUUCCCAUAUCACAGGAUGCAUCAAAUCCAACAGCUGUAAAUGAGUCGGUGAUCCCUCCACCUCGAUUCUCUGCCUCUAUGCCACCUACUGCACCUCGAGUUAUGGAAAAUGGUAAGGAUAUUGGUGGAAGGAGUUUCAACACAAAACCUGGUGAUAACGUGGUUCAGAAUGGCUCUUCAAAGCCUGAAAGAGAGCCAGGGAACUCAUCGAACAAAAGAUCAGGUAAAUUCGAGGACAAUGGUCACAAGGAUGGAUGCCCCGAAGCAUCCUACGAGUACUGUGUGAGGGUCGUCAGGUGGCUAGAGUGUGAGGGCUAUAUUGAGAGCAACUUCAGAGUGAAGUUUUUGACGUGGUACAGCCUGCGUGCCACCCCGCACGAGAGGAAGAUAGUCAGUGUCUAUGUGAAUGCACUUAUCGAGGAUCCUGUGAGCCUUUCUGGUCAGCUCUCUGAUACUUUCUCGGAGGCAAUCUUCAGCAAGAGGCCGCCUUCAGUCCCCUCUGGCUUCUGCAUGGACCUCUGGCAUUAAGCGACGGGAAGCUGUUACGGUCCUCUCUGGGCGGAGCUAGGGAGCAUAUGUUUUGGUCCCAUUCUUUCGUAGCAGAUCGUUGCAUUGAUUCUUCAUUGGAGAUUUCAUUGAAAGUAGUAGUUAACUUAUACAAUGUGUUCAUUGUAACCUUGUUCGCUGUCACUUGUAGUUGUAGGAGGUUUAAUUUAUCUUGGCAACUUAUGUCAUCUCUUUACUUUCUAGUCUGUCGUUUACAUUUCUGUCCAGGAGCUGCUCGAUUUGGUCAGCUUAGUGCAUAGAACCUGUGCUGUUGCAAGGAGAAUUAUGUUAUGCUGAAUCUAGCCAUGUCAUGUCAGUUAGAUAA